CCUUCCCUGCUUUUAUCUCUGCAGUUUUAAUGUUACUUUCACUUUCCAUAAACUGUAAUUCUCUGGUUUCGGUCUUUAGACACAUUUGCUUUCGGUUCAUGUAGCAAAGCCAGAUGGUGUUUACUUAGGCUGUCAUCUGAAAUGCUUUUCCACUUUGGGCUGGAAGAUUGGGAAAACAAUAAUCCAGAGACAUUCAGGAAGUGAUCAUCAAAGUUUGGCAAGAGUAGUAGGAGUCAUCCCCCUGCUGCUAUUGGACAAUAUUUAACCGAGCACUGGAUAUGAUAAAAACAAACUACUUGGAUUUCAGCAACAAACAACAAGCAACUUCUGUAAUAAUGUCAGCGACUGAUAACCCUGAGGAAACUCCUAAGAAAGAGGACAGGUUAACUGUGGGAUACUUGACAAAACCUGCAACAUUUUCAUUGCUACAAGAUCCCUCUUUCGCCAGUAGGACACCUGGUUUCUUUAUUGAAGAAGUGAUUUUUAGAGUACCUGGAAGCCUUAGAAUUCAUCCAUCCCUGUGGAGCAAAGAAGAUGUUAUUCAGUGGCUACGAUGGGCAGAAGAGGAAUAUUCACUGAGAAGGACAGAUGACAGCAAGUUCAUCAUGAAUGGCAGAGGGUUAUGCGUUCUUACAAAGGAAGACUUUAAGAAGCGUUCUCCAAGUUCAGGUGAUGUUUUGUAUGAGUUGCUAACAUGUAUUAAGUCUCACAGAAGAGCAUUCAGAAGCCAUCCAUUUAUCAAACAGUCAAUAAGAAAAAUCAACCAUCACCAACUGGAUACCUCCCCCAACAAAACAACAGUGAUUCCAAGAAGCUAUGUAGCAUGCUGUUCCUAUGAACAAACAUCUAUUAUGGACAGGAAGCUUUAUCAAGAUGGACCUCUUAACUUAUCUUACAGGACACAAAGAGAAUAUGAUAAAAAAGACUGA